AUGCCAAUCCAGAUAUACGAAAACGAACGGGUCCUCCGACUCGUCGAUCCCGACGAUCCCCUGGGAAAAUCGAGCCGCGACUCGGGAUCGAACCGAGAAGUGACCUCCUCUGGCUUCCACCGCAGUCUUACUCUUCUCUUCAAUCUCUCGUAUCUCUGGUCGACUGAUGGUAUGGACAGGCUUGAUGGGUACCAAAGGCAAGAAGCGUACACAGUUGCGAAUUAUCAAGCCGCAUUACCUGCUGAAGGGAAAGUCGAGAGAAAGGCAGUCCUCCGUUCGUAUUCGUAUAGGGGAAUCCCGGACCAUGGAAGUGGAAUAAGAGAUCGACACGCUAUUGCAGAGUGGGCUAUUCACUCCCACGGCAACGAGCGUGUUCCUGACUUACUGUGUAUAUGCAGCGGGGCCGAGAUGAUGUACUGGGCUGCUGUGGGACAGCCUCUUUCAUGA